AUGGUGACAGAGCAACUGAGUGCUGCAUACGACACUGUGAGCCGGCAAAAUGUGGCUAUAAAGAAACUAAGCCGACCCUUCCAAAAUGUGACUCACGCGAAAAGGGCCUACAGGGAAUUCAAGCUCAUGAAGCUCGUCAACCACAAAAAUAUCAUUGGUCUUUUAAAUGCAUUCACCCCACAGAAAACAUUAGAAGACUUUCAAGAUGUGUAUCUGGUGAUGGAACUGAUGGAUGCCAAUCUCUGCCAAGUGAUACAGAUGGACCUGGAUCAUGAAAGAAUGUCUUAUCUUCUUUACCAGAUGCUCUGUGGCAUAAAGCAUUUGCAUUCGGCAGGCAUCAUUCACAGGGAUCUAAAGCCAAGCAAUAUUGUAGUUAAAUCCGAUUGUACUCUGAAAAUUUUGGACUUUGGUCUGGCAAGAACUGCCGGUACUACCUUCAUGAUGACACCAUACGUCGUGACACGGUACUACAGAGCUCCAGAAGUUAUACUAGGAAUGGGGUACAAAGAUAACGUGGAUAUAUGGUCCGUCGGAUGCAUUAUGGGGGAAAUGAUUCGUGGAGGUGUUUUGUUCCCUGGUACAGAUCAUAUCGACCAGUGGAACAAGAUCAUCGAGCAAUUAGGCACGCCGUCCCAGGAGUUUAUGAAGCGUCUUCAGCCCACAGUUCGGAACUACGUCGAGAACAGACCCAAGUACACGGGAUACGCUUUCGAGAAACUGUUCCCUGACGUACUCUUCCCCGCCGACAGCUCAGAACACAGCAGGCUCAAAGCAAGUCAAGCCCGAGACCUUCUGUGCAAGAUGCUGGUAAUCGACCCGGAGAAGAGGAUAUCGGUCGAGAACGCCCUACUCCAUCCAUAUAUUAACGUGUGGUACGACGAAGCCGAAGUAAAUGCCCCUGCUCCUGCUCCAUACGACCACUCUGUCGAUGAACGAGAGCACACUGUUCAACAAUGGAAAGAAUUAAUAUACCAAGAAGUCCUAGAGUAUGAACAAACUCACAAUACCUUAGGGGUUAGAUCUAUAGGCUCCCAUCUAAAUUCACAAGCAGCAGAUGGCGUAAUUGAAAUUGAUAGUGAAGUUGAUGGUUUAGCUGAACAGUCCAGUAACGGCCCCAGCAAUCCCUUCAACAGAAGAAGAUAAAUUAUUUUUCUCUAUCUUCUUGGAGGCUCCAACGAAGAAUAACUGUGCAUCAAAAUAACUUUAAUUUUGUGAAGAAAAACAUGUCUUUCUCACGGGACCUAUAUAUGACUAAAUAAGUACUUAAAAGAAAAGGAAAACAUUUUUUAAAAAAAUGAAAGAUAUUCAAGUUUGGUGUGCCGUUCUAUCAAGAAAGUUACUUGGGGCGUUAGAAAAAGAGGGGAAUUUUGACGAAGCAAAUUACAGGCAUUAUAUACAUCUCUUAUUUGUGUUAUAGAAGUUUUAAUGUACCGUUGUUUUCUUAUACAAGACAUAAAUUAGUAAUUUAAUUAGCCAGUAGAAUUAUAUUAAUAUUCAACGAGAAUUUAAAUGUUGGCAAAAAAAGUAUUUGAAGAUUAUAAGGAAUCAGAUAUUGACAGUUUAUCCUUAUAUUGUUUUUAAAAUUACUUUACAAGUGUUGAAACUAAGUUUACAGUUUAAUAUCAGAAAUGUCGGGUUGAAAUUUUAGUAUCAAAAUUUUGUUCAAGUAAAAAAGUUUUAACAUAAUCUGUAUUUCAAAACGAGCAAAAAUUUCAUUUUAGAAUUUAUAUAAAUUCAAAACUUUAUUAAUGUAACGGUUGCCCAAAUGAAAAGUAAACAAGCCAGAAAUACAGUAACUAUAUUAGCGUCACCCUUUAUAGUUUCAGUUAAGAUAAGAGAAACGGAUUGCAGAUAGCGUUUACUGUUUAACGAGCUCACAUGAAAGCAUUUAAAGAGAAUGAAAAAUCGUGCAAGAUGGAUGCGUCCAGAACAGAAUAAGUCGCGAUAGUAAGAUUUUCAAUAAAAAUUAGCAUCAUGCAGACAUUUAUCGUUGAUUGUUUGCAGUUUAUGGCAAACACUAAAGGUCAGAGAACAAAUGGUGUAAACGUUUUCGUGAAGGACGUACAUGAAUAUCGUAUCUGCCCAGAACUAGAAAAGAUCUUGAUCUCAAAGAUUCCAGUGAUGUUGUUGAUAGAGUGUUUAGUGAUAAUCGAAGAUUUACGAUUCAAUACUCUGCAGCACUUUACGAUUGUAAAAGAACUGAGCAGUUACAGUUUCCCCCAAAAAAUCAUAUUACUUCGCAUUGUUCCGUUCUGGAUGCAUCUUUCGUAGUACGACUUUACAUUCACUUUAAAUACUUUCAUGUGGAUAAGUUAAUUUGUGUCACCUGGUUUCCUGCGCUUUUUUUCUUACCCUGCAUGAUAGUGUUGCUAUCGAUACUGUAUUUCAGGCUAUCACACUUGUCCAAUUUUCUUUUCGGCAACCAUUACAUUUUUAUUUAAAAUAGAAGCAAUUUAUUUUAUGUUUCUUCCUGUAAUAUUUUCGAUCCCCACCAUAUACAUCACAAUAUCUUUACAACUUUUUAUGAAUGAUUCAUAUUUUCGAGAAAAAAAAUGUUUCCAUCUUUAAAUGGCUCAUUUGCCCGACAAUGCAAUUUACCCGAAUGGUGCAUUGUCUCAACGCUCUAAACAUGAAUUUGGUAAUGUUUCCUUGUAUGGUAUUUCAAAGACCUUGGCUCCAAUAUUUUAAGCUUUAUUGCAGCUUCCAAAUAAAAAUGAAUCGUGUUUGAUGGUAAAGCAUAGUCGGAAAUAUGAAUCAUUUAAUAAAUUCAGCCAACUAUAUCAGUCCAAUGUCAAAACCUAAACGGCUUUGAAUCGAGAUGUAAAUGUAAUUAAUGUAAACAGUAAAUCAGGCGUUAGAGAAAAUUGCAAUUCGGGAGAUGCUAAGUCGGGAAAAUGACCCAUUUAAUAUAGAUUUUGCUAUCAGAUCUUUCGAAGCAGCAACCGCUUGAAACCCUAAACAUAAGUUCGCGAAACCCUAAUAAACGUAAAACCGAUACAAACCUAGCGAUAAGUUUCACUAGUGAAAAAUCCGUACAAAUGACGACUAAUGCGAAGAAUUACUAAUAUAAAUAGUUUCUUGUUUCUGGAAUGUCUGAUGCACUAUCUGUACGUAUUUGUACUAUCAGUAUAUUCCACGUGACAUGAGAAUGGGGCUCUGAAAGCAAAUUGAUAAACUCAUUUCAAGUAUUCAGAAAUAUUGCCGGCUACAUAACAAUAUUAUUUUAGCACAAAUGUAACAUUCUGCAAGUCACAACCGUAACGAAAUCUAGCAUAAAAACGACUCCCUUGUUUUAUUUUCUCAAAUAAAAUUUAAAAAGCUUU